AACUUGAGUAUUGGUGUAGUAACAGCGAAUUAAUUUGAUUGAAUUUUAAAGUUCAGUAUUGCACAAAACUAAUUUAAAAUGAGUGCGCGAUCAAUGAUUCUAUUAGGAUCACUUCUCCUGGCUCAGAUGUUUAUUAUGAAAUGCGACAAUGACCCGAAGUCAACAGAGUCGCCUGCGAGUCCACAAGAAAGAUCGUCGCACCAUCAUCACGAAUCGCCUACUUUUCAAGGAUUUUGGAAGAAGAAGUUUAUUUGGAGACCACGUUGGGUUAAAACGUGGCAAGAGAAAAAAGUUUAUGUUGCCGUUUGGAAAAGAAUGUGGGGACCUGCUGAGGUCAAGGAAUGGGUGCCAGUACCCAAACCACCGCCAGGUUGGGUUAAAAAUGUUCCAGGGUCGCACUUUGUUAAAGUUGGUCUACCUCAUUAACUUCUAAAUUACAUUUUAUUAGAUCUUAUAAU